GGUGUUGAUGCCGCCCUUCAUCCCGUGGUGCUGGAGAACUCAGCCCCGCACCUCCUGGACGUGGACGGGGAGAGCGGGCUGCUCUACACCAAGCAGCGCAUCGACCGCGAAGCGCUGUGCCGGCGCAGCGCCAAGUGCCAGCUGUCCCUCGAGGUGUUCGCCAACGACCAGGAGAUCUGCAUGAUCAAGGUGGAGAUCCAGGACCUGAACGACAACGCACCGGCCUUCCCCUCUGACCAAGUGGACAUGGACAUCUCGGAAAAUGCUGCGCCAGGCACCCGUUUCCCCCUCACCAGCGCCCACGACCCAGACGCCGGGGACAACGGGCUGCGCACCUACCUGCUCACCCGUGAUGACUACGGCCUCUUCUCCCUUGAUGUGAAGUCCCGCGGUGAUGGCACAAAGUUUCCAGAGCUGGUCAUCCAGAAGCCAUUAGACCGUGAGGAGCAGAGUCACCACACCCUGGUACUGACGGCACUGGAUGGCGGCGACCCACCACGCUCAGGCACAGUGCAGAUCAACGUGCGCCUCAUUGACUCCAAUGACAACAGCCCCAUCUUUGAGGCAGCCUCCUACGUGGUAGAGCUGCCGGAGAACGCGCCACUGGGCACUGCCGUCAUCGACCUUAAUGCCACUGAUGCCGACGAGGGUACCAACGGAGAGGUGCUCUACUCCUUCAGUGGCUACGCACCUGAGCGUGUCCGUGACCUGUUCAGCAUUGACCCACAGAGUGGCCUCAUCCGUGUCAAGGGCAACCUGGACUAUGAGGAGAGCGGCCUCAUUGAGAUCGAUGUCCAGGCUCGGGACCUGGGACCCAAUCCCAUCCCCGCUCACUGCAAGGUCACUGUCCGCCUCAUAGACCGCAAUGACAAUGCUCCCACCAUUGGCUUUGUCUCCGUUCGCCAGGGAGCACUGAGUGAGGCUGCCCCGCCAGGCACUGUCAUUGCCCUGGUGCGGGUCACCGAUCGUGACUCGGGCAAGAAUGGGCAGCUCCAGUGUCGGGUGCUGGGCGGUGGCGGCGGGCCCGGAGCCGUCCCUUUCACCCUGGAGGAGAACUAUGACAACUUCUACACUGUGGUCACCGACCGGCCCCUGGACCGCGAGGCACAGGAUGAGUACAAUGUGACCAUCGUGGCACGUGAUGGGGGCAACCCCUCGCUCAACUCCACCAAGUCAUUUUCCGUCCGCAUCCUCGAUGAGAAUGACAACCCGCCCCGCUUCAGCAAGAACCUCUAUGUGUUACAGGUGCCUGAGAACAACAUCCCUGGAGAGUAUCUGGGCUCCGUCUUGGCCCAGGACCCUGACCUGGGACAAAAUGGGACAGUCUCUUACUCCAUUCUGCCUGGGCAUGUGGGCGAUGUCUCCAUCUACACCUAUGUCUCUGUCAACCCCACCAAUGGUGCUAUCUAUGCUCUGAGGAGCUUCAACUAUGAGCAGACAAAGCACUUUGAGUUUCGCGUGCUGGCCAAAGACUCAGGUUCACCCCACCGCGAAAGUAACGCCACGGUGCGCGUCACCGUGCUUGAUGUCAACGACAAUGCACCCCUCAUCAUCCUGCCCGCCCUCAUCAAUGACACCGCUGAGCUGCAGGUGCCACGCAAUGCUGGGGUAGGCUACCCUGUGGGCACCGUCCGUGCCCUGGACAGUGACUUUGGGGAGAGCGGGCGUCUUACAUAUGAGAUUGUGGAAGGCAAUGAGGAGCACCUCUUUGAGAUGGACCCCACUAGCGGUGAGAUACGCACCUUGCACCCCUACUGGGAGGAGCUCAGCCCUGUGGCUGAACUGGUGGUAAAAGUCAGUGACCAUGGCAAGCCCAGCCUCUCCGCAGUGGCCAAGCUCAUUGUCAGGGCCUUGGCAGGGCCCCUGCCUGAGGCUGGCGAGCCACAGGUGAAUGGCGAGCAGCAUCGGCGACCACACUGGGACUUGUCGCUGCCCCUGAUCGUGACGCUGAGCACUGUCUCCAUCAUCUUGCUGGCUGCCAUGAUCACUAUUGCCGUGAAGUGCAAGCGAGAGAACAAGGAGAUCCGAACCUAUAAUUGUCGCAUUGCCGAGUAUAGCCACCCUCAGCUGGGAGGAGGGGGAGGCAGUGGCGGGGGAGGAGGAGGCAGUGGCAGUGGAGGGGGCAAGGGCAAGAAGAAGAAGAUCAGCAAGAAUGACAUUAUGCUGGUGCCCAGUGAGGGCGAGGACAGCCGGGGCCCCCUCAAUGUCAUGAACGUGGUGAGCAGCCCAUCCCUGGCCACCUCACCCAUGUACUUUGACUACCAGACCCGCCUGCCCCUCAGCUCUCCCAGGUCUGAGGUGAUGUACCUGAAGCCCGCCUCCAACAACCUGACUGUACCUCAGGGACAUGUGGGCUGCCACACCAGCUUCACAGGGCAAGGGACUAACGCCAGCGAGGCUCCCCCGAGCCGGAUGUCCAUAAUUCAGACAGACAAUUUUCCCGCAGAGCCCAAUUACAUGGGCAGCAGGCAGCAGUUUGUUCAAAGUAGCUCCACGUUCAAGGAUCCAGAAAGAGCCAGCUUGAGGGACAGCGGGCAUGGGGACAGUGAUCAGGCUGACAGUGACCAAGACACUAACAAAGGCUCCUGCUGUGACAUGUCUGUUAGGGAGGCACUCAAGAUGAAAACUACUUCAACUAAAAGCCAGCCACUUGAACAAGAACAGCAAGGCAGAGGCCAAAGACCCAUUGUUGGGAUCUGUGGACCAGCCCGCUGUGAGGAUGGAAAAUUUUCAGAGCAAGAAGAAUGUGUUAACUGCACAGAUGAAUGCAGAGUGCUUGGUCAUUCUGACAGGUGUUGGAUGCCACAGUUCCCUGCAGCCAGUCAGGCUGAGAAUGCAGAUUAUCGCACAAAUCUCUUUGUACCCACAGUUGAAGCUAAUGUUGAGACUGAGACAUAUGAAACUGUGAAUCCCACUGGGAAAAAGACUUUUUGUACAUUUGGGAAAGACAAGAGAGAGCACACUAUUCUCAUUGCCAAUGUUAAACCUUACUUAAAAGCCAAACGUGCCCUGAGUCCUCUGCUUCAGGAGGUUCCCUCAGCAUCGAGCAGCCCAACCAAGACAUGCAUUGAGCCUUGCACCUCAACAAAAGGACCACUGGAUGGUUGUGAAGUGAAAUCAGGAGCCUUGGCUGAACCAAGCAGCCAGUACUUGUCAACUGACAGUCAGUAUCUAUCGCCUAGUAAACAGUCAAAAGACGCUCCCUUCAUUGCAUCAGAUCAGAUGGCUAGGGCCUUUGCAGAUGUGCAUUCCCGAGUGAGCCGAGACUCGAGCGAGAUGGACUCUGUUCUGGAGCAGUUAGACCGUUCAGCCCGGGAUCUAGGCAGGGAGUCGGUGGAUGCCGAGGAAGUUGUGAGAGAAAUAGACAAGCUCUUGCAGGACUGUCGGGGAAGUGACCCUGUGGCCAUCAGAAAGUGAGGGGGAAAAUAAGGACAGGCUGGCAGUAAUGUUCCUCUUCUGCUGAUUAAAAGUAAAUAAAUAAAUCAAUCCCCCAGUUGUAACACAUUUAAAGGAAUGAAGGAAGACAAAUGCUGCUUUAAGGCUUUUAGUGAACAUCUGAAGUGCCCACAAGUAUGUUCUUUUCACUGCUCUUUCUUUUUGACAGAUAACACUGGUUUCAUUUUGACCAAACUUUCAUUAGGACAGAGUCAAGUACAUUAAGAACAAAACGAAAGAAGGAAAGAUGGUGCCAUUUUGACAAUCUGAUAGGAAAGUGUGAGAAAUGUGGAAUGGAAAUACGUCUGAUACUUUAAGACUGUCCUCAAUAGCUGAUGCUGACUUUACUGUUUACGUAUAAACCCCAAGAAAAACAGGGUUGAAUAAUUCUGAUCUGUGGUGGAUUUCCAGCAGUCACCACAGGCUUCUACUGAAAGUCCUAAAAAGAGUUCUUGUAGUAGUCCAAGCGACGCCAAACAUUAACAUUCAUUUGUGGUAAACAUUUAUGUACAAAGUUAUCUGCCACAAAUAUGAAAAAAAAAAAAUAAGAACAAGAAAACAAAAAACCCAUUCCAGAUCAUUAUUCAACAAAACAUAUCCUGAUCAUUAGUAAAACACUUCAUAUCAUAUUAAGGUUAAAUGUAAAAUGAUAUAGUCCAUCUUGUCCUGCACACACAUAAGCUAAUUCACUUGAUUAAAAAGAAGAAAAAGAUUUUAAUAUCUAUUUAGCAUUUUAGUGUCCAACAAAAACAUAAAUACUUAGCAGUAAGUUUUAAAAGAAGUGAAGCAAAAUAAAGUUUGAAAAGAAAUACUUACCUUUAAGGGUAAUACACAAGAGAAAUUAACAUUAUUAACACUUUUUUUAUUCAUUUGUGGACACUAAAAUAGCUCAGGAAAGUGAAAAUGUCUUAGACAUCCACAAAGUCACAUGAUCAUUUAAAUGUGCAAAUGUAAGAAGAUUCAGUGUGUUUACAUCAAAUGACAUAUUUUUAUUGAUUUAUUGCAGAUUCAGUGCAUAUGAGCCAAAUUGUUGAGUGUAUAAGAGCUAUAUUGUGUAUUUUAUUAAAUUAAUAUAUAGUUGUGUUGCAAAAAUAUUUGGGCUUAUAUUGUAAAUGGCAAGUGUUGCCUCAGUAGCUGUCGAACUCUAUGAGUUUUGUUUUUUCCUGCUUCCUUUUCCCCAUGGAUUGUGGGAAGCAGUGCCUCAGAGCAAAGUCUCUUGUUUAAUGUAUGGUCUACGAAGUACUGCAGUACAUAAUCUGUUCAAAAUGUGUUUGAGUGAGCUGAUGGAGCUAACUGAACGGCCUACAAAUACAUCCAUCAGUCAUGGUUAUGUGCAAGUCCUUGUAGAAGCUUCUAUUGCAAACCCAUGUUUAAUAACAAAAAUUACACUCGAACCAACAUCUGAAACCUCGGUGUUGUUUUUGGUUUGGUUUUGGUUUUGGUUUUUCCCCAAACACAUGCAGCUAGCCUGUUUAAUGCAGGAUAGUUGAUUGACUUCUUAAAAGAUGCCACCAUUUUCAAAGUUUUGUUGUUAAGUUCAUAGAGCUGCCAAACAUGUCAGUGCCAAUGUGUCACGGGCUUUAUUUUAUCUGAUUCUCUAGAAUGUGCAAUUGCUUACUGCAGUUCUAGAUACACACUGCUUAUUUUGGGAGUGGAUUUAGUUUGAUUUUCAUUGGUUCUGAAAAGUAUUUGCAGAAUAACGUAGGAUAUAGUUUCUACUUUUAAUUAUUUUAUCUAGGGGUGUUUUUAUUGCACUUGAAAAAUUCAAAAUUGCCUUCAGAUGAAAAUUACAAAGCAACUCACUUUCAAAAUAAAUUUGCACAGAACAAGAAGAAGCAGAAGAAUAAAAUGUGUAACUAAGGAUUUGCCCCUUGCAUACUUCAGAUACUCUGUUGGAAAUACCACUACGGUGUAUUGUUUAAAAUAAUGUAUUGGGUUUAUUAAAUUUAAUCUGCAAUAUACAAACAUAUAAAAAAGAGUUUUGUAAUCCCAAAUCCCACAGAGCAAUAGUUUUCACCAAUUCAAGAAAGAAAAUUGACCCAACAUCCUGUUUUGAUGUUGGGGCUGCUGUUAAAUGCUGAUUUUAGCUAGUCAGUCCUACAAUGAAUUGUCUUUGGGAGACAACCAUUCUGACAGUUUGCUUUUAGCUCCUUCUGUUUAAAAAUGCUACAAUUACAUGUAAAAAAAAAAAAAAAAAAAAAAAAAAAAAAAAAAAAAAGGAUCUUGUACAUGUUUUAUCAAGCUACUCUCCAUGUUUUGGACAAUUUAUGUAUCUAAAAUGUGGUGUUGUCUGUGUUAUCUAAUUUUAAUUUUUUUUUGGCCAGGAGACCCGAGAUUGGUUUUGCUUGAUAGCUUGAUAGCUUGAAAUUCCAUAGUGGAGAGGAUUUCUUAUUGUUUGAUCAGUCUCUUAUACGUAUUUCCGUGGUGCCCAUCACCUCAGUGUCUGUGCACCAAGUCUUUAGCUCUGCCAGUGAGAUCCAUUAUUCAGCAGAAUCUAAGCCAGUAUGUAAAUGCAGUCAAGUGAUGGAGAUUUGUGUAUUUUAUAAAUGAUUUUAACACUGAGUAACCAAUUGUACAAUUCAUUGUAUGUUUCUGAAGACAUAAAACCACAACAUUCUGAGAAAGGGCUGUGCCAAUGUAAGAGGAAUUUACCUUAAGGCUCUCUGUCACUAGUGAUUUACUAGCUUUAGCUGUUUAACACAUUAUCUGUAUUUAGUAGUGAUUAUUUAUUUACCACUCUGAGGUAAUUCAGAAUUCAUGACUCACAGCUUUAUAGAAGAGUUUAGGAAAUCUUGCUUUUAUUUAAUUUGGCUGACAACUGCCUUGUGUUGUAGAUCUCUGGCAUACUGCUUCCAAUAAGGAUAUCCCAGGAUAGAAAAUCUGUUUCAUAGUUUAGAAUAGAUACAUAAUGAACCAAUAAACCAGCAGAACUUACAGAAUGUGAGUUUUGCUGGUUCAGUCAAAAUUAACAUGACUGUGUGUGAAGGAAGUACUACACACAAAAUAAUUUUAAAAGUAUUUUUUCUCCAUGGUAGCUCUACUGUCACCACUGGAGAAAGAGGCAGCAAUGAAAGAUAAAGUUUAUGAAUUAUUAUUUCUCUCAUUCCUUACAUACAUGUUUUAUAAGACUGACAGAAAAUAUCUGCUGCA